GGGACCGUGGCGAACAGUGGUGGGCGGUGCCGCGCCCCGCCCUGCCCCGCCCGGCUCCACGGCCCCGGUCCUGGCCGCCUCCCCGGCGGCUGAUGGGCUACUGGAGAUCUGGGCCUGCGUGGGUCAUUGCGCCCUGUGGCGGCUUUUCAGCCCAGGGAAGGCGAGGAGGCAAUCCGAAGAAGCAGCGCCCUCCUCUCGCCCUGGUCUCCUUUCCUCAGUACGCAACGAAGGAAGGGAGCGUGGUUCUCUGUAGUGUGUGUGGUACUGCAGUGCACGCUCUCCGCCUCGCCCCCCCCUUAUCAUCGGGCAGGCCGGCUGACUCAGUGCUGUGGGAACGGGCAUGCGAGAGCUCCGGGAGACCGUGGCCGCCGCUAAAGAACAGCAGCGCGCCUCGCCUGCAUCAGCCUCGGCCGGGCCGCUGGGAGUCGUUGUGCUUGUUUGUGUGCCCAGUUUCCACCACUUCCACGUGGCACAAGAGCGUUUCGAAAGAUUUACUGCAUGGGUAUCAGACAAGGUUUAUGAGAAAAGUCAUUUGCAAACAUUGGCACCUUCGCUUAGACUGGCCUAAACACGACCAGUCUUCUGUAAUAUCAAAAUUUAAAUACGGCAUAAUCCCUAAGGAAAAAAUACAAGUAAAAAAGAAAUUACUGUACCAUUACUGUACCAUAUUGCACUUUAUACACAAACAGUCAUGAAAAUUGAUGAGAUUCUGCUGUGAGAUAGACUUGGGAUCACACUGGUAGUAGUUUGCUUUCCAACACCUCUGUAAAGUGCAGGGUGUCUCUUAAGAGUGUAGAGAUAAUUAGAGGAGAUGGCAUUUUGUAUGUUGGAAAUCACAUGGAAAUGGAAAAGCAACUGUUAAAAUUACAAACAUAGUGGUAAGACUCAAAAACAUGCACCAGACAGACUUCAAAUGUCUUACUAAAAUAAGCUUGAGUGGAUGUGCACAAAGUAAAGAAAAAGAUAUAUGCAAGUGACUUAAAUCUAUUAAAGCAGAUGUAUAACAUUUCUUGUGUUUUAUUAGUAUUUUAUAAUUUUCUGUGUGAAAAACCUACACUCUCUCAGUCUUUUUCCUCAUCUGAUCAUACAAUAUAGCCUCUCCAUCCUUAUUUUUAACAUUACAUUAAUUUCUUUAGUAGUAGAGGAUGAUCUCACUGGAGGGACGUGAAGUAAAAAGUUUCUCAUGGACCAUCUAUAGAAAAGACCAGAAAAAGUACUGGCUUAAAACCUUCAUUUUUAUUUUACCUUUAUUUUUGCAGAAGGACUUGCCUGCUGAGAGAUUCUCUUUGUAGAGAAUCAUUAUUAAAAACAUCUUGGGCUGUUUUGGUUUGCCCUAGCUGGUGGGAUGAGUCUUUUGUUCAUUCCUGAGUAGAGAGUUUGUGGAGAGCUUUCUGAGAUGUGGCAUGUCCCAGGUCUUUAUGGGAUCUCUAUUAAUGAAUUGCUGUUAAAGAGGAAUUUUUUCUGAUCAUUUGUACAUUUUUCUACGAUGAAAUGUUGAUUUUUUCAUACUGCUAGUCUUUUGAUAUCAUAGACUGCACAUUUUUCUUUAAUGAUGCAGUAAAACGCAUAUCUCCUUGAGAGCAGGCAUGCAUUUUUGUCACUUGAAAGAGCAGUUGUUUACUUGACUGAAAAGUGUACAGUGCAGUUAAAACAGACAGUGGUACAGGGUGGCACAGUAGCAAUUCUGAGUUCAGCAUUUUUAAUUAAUUGCUAAACAUGUUAUAUACAGUUUCAUUAUAAAUCUUCAAUUAGAAGCCAGAAAAUUAAAGUUAUGUUUGAACUUUUACUAUGAAAUGGCUGCAGUUACAAAAUGAUCAAUUGUUUAUGAAUAUGCCUUGCUUAAAUUAUUACUGAAGCUAGUAUAAAGCUUGCUCUAUUAAUAGUGAGUUUCAGCUAAAAAUAAAUAAAUGAAUGAAUGAAGUAUCACUGGUCUGCCUUUGAAUAUUUUUUCUCUUCACUGUUGUUUUAUACAGAAGGUUAAUAUAGAUCCCUUACCAUAUGUAAUUGAACUUGCAGAUUUACUGUCUCCCUUUUCUCUGGAAAUCUCUCUGUAACACUGUUUAGCUCAAUUAAGGCGUUCCAUGGGUGGACUCUUACUUAGUCCUUGUCACAGUGAUUGUCACCUAAGAAAUUAUUUCUAGGAUGAAUCUGUAAAUCAGUUAAAUUAAAUACUUUGAACAAUGUCAACUUCCUACAAUAAUAUGUGUACAGUUUUAAAAGAUUUUGUCACUGUAAGAACUUCUACGAGAGAAAAAAUAUAUUUACUUCUGCAUUGUUUUCUCUUUGUGCAGUUCUGAAUAUCUGGUUUUUUCGUCCCACAUUUUAGUAUUUCUAAUUUGAAUUUUUUGUUUUAUGAUUAUUGCACUUUCUGAUUAAGAAUGUAAUAGUGUUGGCACACAUAUAGGGUCAUAGCAUAACUUAAUUCUGAUGUCAAUCUGUAUUUUCCCUUCUGUGUCCUCCCUAUUCUUCUCUCUCACUCUCUCAUCCCUGCCACCCUCCCUUAGUGGAAAGAAUAACUUCCAGGUGUUAACUGGUAGAUUGGUUUACUGAUGAAGACUCAUUUAUUUAAGAGCAUUUUAAGAAAUUCUGACAGCCUCAUCAAAUUGUUUCUGUCAUUUCCAUUUUGUGUCCUUCCUUUCCAGUGGUUUCCACCUCCUCAGUUCCUCAGUUUGAGUACCAUCACUCAGCAAUUCAUUUGACAUAAUUGAGCAUACUUUAUUUUUUUCUUUUUCCUCCCCAGCUCUAGUAGAUCCUCUUUUGGAGAUUCCUUGUGUUGUUAGUAAUUGCUUGUUCACCCUUUCCCACAAAAAGGGUGUUAUAAUGUGGGAUGUGGAGUUGUGUUUGUUAAAAGGUGAUAAUGGUUCUGUUUACCAGAAAGCCCUGUGGGAGGGCACAGCAGCAGGCUGGGCAGUUAGAGGUCAGCUGAGGAAUGGGAGGCAGUUCUGGGGAGAGACACAUGGACAGCAUGUGGUUAUGUUCAGUGGAAGCUAAAGGUAUAUAAGGGAGGUGUUUUCUACAAUAAAGCAAUUUCCUUCAUAUGCCCAAGGGGGUCCAUGUAUCUUAGUUCCCCAUUGCUACAAAUGGCUUGUCAGAAUUGGGCAUUUAAAGGUGGUAUAGGUACCAUUCUGGUAGCAGCUCGCACUGAAGUCAAGGAAUCGGCCAACCGGGAAGAGUCCAAGGAAGGAUCUGGGAAGAGUUUGGGAAAGAACUCAAGAAUUAAAAGUGUGAGCGCCUCACAUGUCAAGUGAGUAGACCAGUGGGAGCAAAUAUGGGAGGAGAAAAAUACCUGGAACAAAGGAGGAGCUUGAGCAAGAUAAGGCAGCUCCUGCACCAGCAGACAAUUAAUAUUGCUGAUGUGAAACUGAGCAACUUGCUGGGCUGGGUGUCUAAAUCAUGUUGAAGACUUCCCUUCAAUGGUCCUCUAAAAGUAGGAGCCUGGCAGCCAGUAGGAAAGAGACUUUUUGUUACUGCCAAGGACGGGGAUAUUGAAGCUUGUAAGCUUCUUGCCACAUGGAGAACUGUCAUGGUGGCCAUUAAAGAAAACAGCUUGAAUGUUGGCCAUUUUGUAGCUUUAGAAGCCAAUUCCCCCAACCCCUCAGCACCACCAGAACCCAUAUCCAACCCCAAGAUUAACCCGUACUCUGCAAAAUUGUCUUGCCCUGAUGGAAAUCCCUCCGCGGUUGGUCUCUUCGGCAUGAAAUUCCUGUGUCGAGAGCAAGCAGCCAGUUUGCUUUCAUCCCAAAAUGGUGGAGCCCACGCUCUCCUGAUGAAGCCUGCCAAAACACCCCAAAAUGGCGACAUUGUAAUCCAGCAAAUGCAAGAAAUCAGAGAAGCUGCGAUGACAGAAGGCAACCUAGCAGUCGUUAAUGUGCUGAGCCAGCUUGAAGAGAUAGUCGUGGCCUGGGGCCCCCACAUGCCCUAGAGCACAGCAGCCCAGUCAUCCCACCAAACGGGUGUUCUGCUCUGCGGCUGGGUUCAUGGCGGCCGGGAUGUUAGCUGUGAUUGCCGGGUUCCUGCUUGCUAUAGCUGCAGACAGGUGGAGUUCACAAGCCAGGGAGUAAGACAGCCCAGUGGCCAACUACUUCAGUUGCACCUUGCUGCCACUGGACACUGCCGGUGUGGGCUGCCCUCUGUCCCUGGUGCCUGCCAUGGCUCUGGACGCGGGUCCCACCGCAGCUCCUUGGGGCUCGGCUGCGCAGGACCAGUGGGCAGGCAGCUGCACUCCCACUGGGGCUAGGGCUGGCACAGCAUAGGGGACAGCGGGCCCCAGGGCAGCCACAUGUGCACCCCAUGGAGCGCCAUGCCAGGACAGAGUGGACCAGGGCAGAGCCGCACCGGCUCGAGCAGGGCGGUUGCAGGUGUUGGGUCUAUGCGGAGAGAGAGGCAGCCAAGAAGGGCUUUCCUAGAUGGGAUGAACUGACCUGCCCUGUGUUAUGCAGUAGAUCUGGGUUAUGCAGGUAUUACUGGAGCAAGUGGAAGUUUCCCAGGUGGAGACAUGGGCACUGCCAUGCCGCAGCUAUCGCUGGAUGACCAGCAGAGCAGGUUCGGCUUUUAGCAGUGUCCUACAGCAUGCACUCACAUGGUUCGGCACAUGGAUGGCACUGGCUGCCAAUGGUGGUGAGGCCAGUGGGGUACAAGAGUAUCACUGCCGCAGCUGAAGCAAGCCUUCUACGACAUUGAGGCACUGCUGCCUGCCGGGUUUUGCUGUGGUGCCACUGUGUUUGUAUACUUCAUCUUAAAAGCAUUCCUGCAGCUGCUCUUCUGAACCGUAUUCUGUGACACUUUCCUGCGCUGCUCACACACUCUGGUGCUGCUUGCUGCCAGGACCUCUAAGUUUCAGACACAUGGACCAGGGGUUGUUUUAAAAGGGAAUACCCUCAGGCAAAGGGCUGGAGGGGGGUAACCUCCCCUUGUAUGCAAAAUGUGACUGCAGCCUGACCCCUGUGAACAGAACAACUGUUUCUACAGACACAUCCAGCAAAACCAACAAAGCUACAGUAGUUUAGCAUGAAGGUGACUCUGUCCAGUAGCAUAAGAGAGUAUUAAUAUUAAAAGAUGCUUCUGUGCAAAUUUUAGAA